UUCUCUCGUUAUUUUCUUCCCCAUUAUGUACGGUUUUGAUCUUCAACACUGAAAGCAGGAAACAGGUGAAAGCAGAAAUGGCUGGAAAUCCUGCCUCCAACAAGUUGGGACCUUCAGGACCUGCGAAUGGCGAGAAGUUGAGUUGGGCUGUUUCCCCUUCCUCGGCUUUCAAUCACUUUGCUACUAGCGGAGUUUCUGUCGCAGUGGCAACUGCAAUUACUCAUCCUUUAGAUGUACUGAAAGUCAGGCUGCAAAUGCAACUUGUUGGCCAGAGAGGUCCUUUGAGUGGGAUGGUACUUUGCUUCCUUCAAUCCGUCCUCCAAAUUCCUGAAAAUGAAGGACCAAGGUCCUUGUAUCUGGGUUUGACACCUUCAUUGACAAGGUCAGUUGUCUAUGGAGGCCUCCGCUUGGGCUUGUAUGAACCCUCUAAGCAUGCCUGUGAUCUUGCUUUUGGCUCCACCAAUGUUUUAGUUAAAAUUGCAUCUGGAGCAUUUUCUGGGGCUUUUGCAACCGCACUGACCAAUCCAAUGGAGGUUCUAAAGGUGCGUUUGCAAAUGAAUCCAGACAAGAGAAAGGGAGGACCUAUUCUAGAGCUUCGAAGGACCAUAUCUCAAGAGGGAAUGAAAGGCCUUUGGAAGGGCAUGGGCCCUGCUAUGGUCAGAGCAGCUUCCUUGACUGCAUCACAGCUGGCUACAUAUGACGAAACCAAGCAAAUCUUAAUCAAGUGGACCCCUCUUGAAGAAGGAUUUAAUCUGCACCUGAUCUCGAGUACAGUGGCAGGCAUAAUGAGCACCCUCAUAACUGCUCCUAUGGAUAUGAUUAAAACUCGUCUCAUGUUUGCACAACGAGAAUCCAAAACUGCUGGAGGCUAUAAAAACGCGUUUCAUUGUGCAUAUCAGGUCCUGCUUACAGAAGGCCCAAGAGGACUUAUAAAGGGUGAGGGAUUUGCAAUAUUCGCAAGACUAGGGCCUCAAACCACAAUUACGUUUAUGUUAUGCGAGGAGCUACGGAAGCUUGCUGGAUUGAAGGCAAUCUAGUGACCGGCUGCCUCGAAUGAUUAUUGAAGUGCCCAAGCAAAUGACUUCUAGUAAACGAGUCCCUCUUCGGGAAGAUUCUUUCAGUUUGUUAUUCUCUUUAGCUCGCAGUUAAUAUGCACAAUUCAUAAAGAGGCUCUAUUUAAUUCUCAUAUGGCCUCCAUGUUCCCCAUUUCCCGCGGUAUAGUCCUCCUGCCCAAUCAGAGUGAAGGACUGGGUCCCUUUUUGACUUUGGUACUCGUGAUUGUAUUACUAUGUUCAAUUAUUCAUUGUAUAAGGGGAAAAAUGGGUAUGAUUUGGGAUUACCCGCCCAGGGAAAAAAGGGGUUGGGUUUUUCUCUGUCACACGUGCAACUUUGGUACGUCUCAUGAAGAAUUAUGUAAUGAAUGACAGAUCAAAGUUGGCUAUUUGAAUAUUUAAUUUGAUGUUUAUA